UGACGACCAGAAUUAUCUGGCAGUUGGCGUUGACAGCAACCCAAUAACGAAUCAAGGAACGACUUUGUAUGAUAUAGUGACAUCAGAUGCUAGGUUUAGUAUUCUGGCCGGGUUCAUUAAUGACGACGAUGAACUUAAAGAGACACUGAGUGACGAAGAUGCAGCUUUGACAUUUUUUGCUCCGAUCGAUAAGGCUCUUGAAUGCCUCAAAGACAAGAAAAUUCCCAAGGAGGUUAUUCGUAGAAUAUUUCGAUAUCACAUCGUUAACGCCGCUCUCCCGUAUAAAUCUUUGCUUGCCUCCCGUGUUUUGGAUACAGGACUAAACUCAUCCGGACUCAACGACGCACCUCAAAAAGUUCGCGUUAGCGGCUGGAUUCGCCGUACUUAUAUCAACUGGUCAAAAAUUAAGAUUUACCAUCUCGCAGCUGGCAAUGGUUAUGCUUACGGAAUUGAUCAUGUUCUCAUCCCACCUCCAGAUAUUAUGACCGAACUAUUCAUCAUUCCAACAUUUUUCUCUACUCUAACAUCGGCAUUACAGAAAGUUGGCUUGGCUGAAACUCUUGAAACGUCUAAAGCUAUUACGGUGUUCAUUCCAUCUAAUCGUGCCUGGGCUAAACUAGGGUUUCGCAAUCUUGCAUAUUUGUUCAGUCCGCAUGGAAAGGAUGCUCUGACUACCAUUCUCAAAUAUCAUAUCUCGCCAGAGUUGGCUUAUAGUACUGAUCUGAUAGAAGGUAAAGAAUUAUUCGGCGGCAUUCCUGGCAAGCGCCACACCGAAUUGGAUACUCUAGCUGGAUUGAAACUGCAGAUUGAUGCGUCGUCCUACGGACAUAAUUAUGUAAAGAUAACUGUCAACGGCGUAAGAGUAUUGUUCAAAGAUUUCAUUGCUAAAAAUGGGGUUGGACAUACAAUUGCGAGGGUCCUCUUGCCACCUACUACUGACCUGUACCUGCCUGACGACGAUUAUCAGACAAUUAAAGAUGGAAGCGAACUAAUGGCAGAGAUUGACAUUAAUGAGGAAAAUGAGAAACUUCUCGAAUUAAAACGCAAGUCAGAGAAACACGAGUCAAAAACCGAACUUGAUGUAACAAGAGGACCAGUGUAA